AUGACAUCCCGCCGCACGACCAUCCACGCAGCAGCUGCUGCCACCCUCCUCUUGGCAGCCUUGCCGGUGAGCGCUGUCAGGAACGGGUUGGCAAUCACGCCACCCAUGGGCUGGAACAACUGGAAUGCUUUCGGGUGUGAUGUGUCAGAACAUCUUCUACUAAGUACCAGCGAAGCGGUCGUGAACCUCGGCCUACGAGACCUCGGUUACGAUCAUGUCGUCUUGGACGACUGCUGGCAGGACCCCGACGGACGGACCGCUGACGGCAAGCUCCAGCCGGAUGCCGACAAGUUCCCCCGGGGCCUGAAGGCCAUCGCGGAUGACUUGCACUCGGAGAACCUCAAGUUCGGCAUGUACUCGUCGUCGGGAGAGAUGACAUGUGCACGAUUUGAGGGAUCUCUCGAUCAUGAGGUCGACGACGCAGCCAGCUUCGCGUCUUGGGGCGUCGACUUUUUGAAGUAUGACAAUUGCUACAACAUGGGUCGCAUCGGCUCCCCGGUGGGUACGUUCAACCGCUUCAAGGUCAUGGCAGACGCUUUGAACGCGACGGGCCGUCCGAUUGAGUUCAACCUGUGCAACUGGGGCGAGGAUUACGUACACACCUGGGGCAUGUCGAUUGCCAACUCGUGGCGGAUCAGCGGCGACAUCUACGACAGCUUUACACGGCCCGAUGACUUGUGCAGCUGCACCGAUCCUCACGACCCCCUCUGCGUUGCCCCAGGCACGCACUGCUCGGUCCUCUUCAUCUUGAACAAGAUUGCACCCUUUGCCGACAAGAGCAUUCCUGGAGGGUGGAGCGAUCUCGACAUGCUCGAGGUGGGCCAGGGCGGCAUGACACGUGAGGAGCAACGUGCUCACUUUGCCAUGUGGGCUGCGCUCAAGUCACCGCUCAUGUUGGGCAACGACCUGCGCAUCAUGCCGGCCGAGGCGCUGGCUAUUGUGAGCAAUCCUGCCGUUAUCGCCUUGAGCCAGGACCCGCAUGGCCGCAGCAUGUUUCGCGUAAAGAAGACCGUUGGCGGUGAGCUUCAGCCCGACGAGUAUGGGGCCCAGGAGAGCCACGUCUGGAGCGGCAGGCUGCAUAAUGGCGACCAGGUGGUGAUACUCCUGAACGCUGCCGGAAACGACGUCGAGAUGACCGCCAGUCUCAAGGACAUCUUCGUCGCUGACGGCCCGGGAGGCUCGGCACCCCAAGUCAGGUAUGCGUGGGCGAUUCACGACCUUAUGGCAAGCGAGAUGCCUGUAGAGACAGCCCAGGCUCUUCUCGACGCUUCUAAUGACCGUGUCAAAACAACAAGCAUUCUGAAGAAUGCGAACUGGUACAACGCCACCGAGACGCCGUACGCAGUUGGUCUGGAGAAGGAAGACCCCAGGCUGUUUGGUGAAAAGGUUGGCGAGGUCGAAGCCAAGGGCGCAAUCAAGGUCAUGGUGCCCAGCCACUCUGCCAAAGUAUACCGUCUGAGGAGAAUCUCCAAGCCUGGUGACAACUUCAAGCAGAAGAGCCACGACAGGACGACGCGGGAGGUCAAGGAGGAGCUCUGA